AUGGUCUAUGGAUUUGGCAAUAUUCAACCAUCAAGCAACCUCACGUGGACGCCAUGUUUCGACGACUUCACAUGCUCUAAAUUGGAAGUUCCUUUGGAUUAUUCAAACACUAGUCUUGGCACGACGUCAAUCGCAUUCAUAAAACUGGCUGGCAAGAAUGCCACCGUCGCGUCUCCGAGCAUUAUCAUCAACCCCGGCGGUCCCGGUGGUUCUGGUGUCGACCUCCUCCUCGCAUACCGGACCAUCGCAGGGCAAAUCUUCGGGGAGCAGUACAACUUUGUCUCCUACGACCCUCGCGGCGUGAACAACAGCGGCUUGAGCUUCGACUGCUUCUCGGGGAACGCAGAAGCAAGAUUGGCCUUCACACGACUGUAUAGCACAGGUGCUACCAACAUCUCAUCAUCGUCGUUCGAGGAACAGUACUAUUCAAGCUCCAUAUAUGGAGAGUGGUGCAACGAUGCUGUCCAGAACGAGUCACCUCACGGAUAUUAUGUGACCACACCGGCGGUUGCCCAUGACCUGCUCACAUUCAUCGAAGCCGAGGCCGAGCUGGCAGACCAGUCACCAUCAGAAGCCAAAUUGUGGCUGUACGGUGUCAGUUACGGCACAGUCACCGGCGCGACUUUCGCUUCCAUGUUUCCAGACCGAGUUGGAAGAAUGAUACUCGAUGGCGUCAUGACCGCAGAGCAAUAUUACGACAAUGACUGGAGGGAUAGCGUUGAUCAAAUGGACGAAACCAUUGACAAGUUCUCGAGCCUCUGUCAUUCCGCAGGCCCUGAAGCGUGCUCUUUCUGGGGACCCACGCCAGCCGACAUCGCAGCCAGAAUGGAUGGCAUCAUCCACCAGCUUCAGAACCAUCCGGUUCCGGUAAGCGGAGUCCAAAGUCGACAACUGCCAACACUAGUCACCUACUCAGACUUGAAGGCCCUUUUUAUGAAAACCAUCUACGACCCACUGGCGCUCUUCCCGGUCAUGGCCGAUGUUCUACACCAGCUCGAGAGCGGGGAUGUGUCUGCUCUUGUAGGCAUGUUUGACGGUCUAGGUAUCGCGUCCGGCGCCGGCCGCGUCAUCCAGUGCGCCGAUUCGUAUCGGAGAAACAAACUUACCACCCUUGAAGAAUUCAAGAAUUAUGUCGAACACACGGUGUCCAAGAGCAAGUACUUGGGCGAUAUAUGGUCCAUCUACUUUGAAGUUGCCUGA